UGAUCUUUCUAUUUUUUCUCUUUCCCCUCUAUAUAUAUAUCCAACCCCAUUCGUCUAGUUCUCAACCUCAAACACCACCUUCAUUCAACCUCCAUUUCUCUAAGUAAGCUCAAUAAAUAUGGAGGUUGCAUUGAACAACAGCCAAAAGUUCUUAUCCAAGAUUGCAACCAACGAUGGCCACGGUGAAAACUCCCCGUAUUUUGAUGGCUGGAAGGCGUACGACGCCAAUCCUUACCACCCUCAAAACAAUCCCACCGGUGUUAUCCAGAUGGGUCUUGCUGAGAACCGGCUUUGCUUUGAUUUGAUUCAAGAAUGGAUCGAGAAACACCCUGAAGCCUCUAUAUGCACACCUGAAGGAGGUUUUGAUUUCAGGGAAAUUGCCAUUUUUCAAGAUUAUCAUGGCUUGCCCAAGUUCAGAAUGGCAAUUGCUAAUUUCAUGAGCCGAGUUAGAGGAAGCCGUGUUAGGUUUGACCCUAAUCGGAUUGUGAUGAGCGGUGGAGCCACUGGAGCUCAUGAGACUCUGGCGUUUUGCUUGGCUAACCCUGGUGAAGCCUUCUUGGUGCCCACCCCUUAUUAUCCAGGAUUUGACCGUGACUUAAGAUGGAGGACUGGAGUCGAGCUUUUACCUGUUGUUUGUGGAAGCUGGAACAACUUUAAGGUCAGCCUUGCUGCCCUCGAGGAAGCUUAUGAGAAAGCGAAAGAGUCGAACAUCAAGGUCAAAGGAUUACUCAUAACCAACCCAUCCAACCCUUUGGGCACUUUCUUCGAUAAGGAAACCCUAAAAACACUUGUCACUUUUGUUAAUGACAAAAACAUCCAUCUCAUCUGUGACGAAAUCUAUGCUGGCACAGUGACCAAAGACAACGAAUUCAUCAGCAUAGCCGAGAUCCUUGAAGAAUCCCCCACGAUCUGUAAUCAUGAUCUCAUUCACAUUGUUUAUAGUCUCUCAAAAGACAUGGGAUUCCCUGGAUUCAGAGUUGGAAUCAUCUACUCCUACAAUGAUACUGUCGUGAGUAUUGCACGUAAAAUGUCGAGCUUUGGGCUUGUCUCGACUCAAACCCAACACAUGAUCGCUUCAAUGCUAUCAGACGAUGAUUUUGUUGAGAAUUUCAUUAAUGAAAGCAGGAAUAGGCUUGCCAACAGGCACGAUCUGUUCACCCGGGAGCUAGCCCAAGUUGGGAUAGGCAGCUUGAAGAGCAAUGCCGGACUUUUCUUCUGGAUGGACUUGCGUCGUUUCUUAAAGGAUGCAACUUUUGACUCUGAAAUGACGUUCUGGCGUAUCAUAAUAAACGAAAUCAAACUCAAUGUCUCACCUGGCUCGUCUUUCCACUGCUCUGAGCCUGGCUGGUUUCGUGUCUGUUUUGCUAACAUGGAUGAUGAGACUGUUACAAUUGCUGUACGUAGAAUCAAAUCGUUUGUGCUCAAAAACAAGUUGUUCGAGAUCAAGACCAAGAGCAAGAAACAGUGUUGGCAAAACAACCUUCACCUCAAGUUAUCUUCACGUAGGCUGGAAGAUAUCAUGUCACCUCAAUAUUCCCCACUCAACUCUCCCCUGGUCCGAGCACAAACUUAGGGGAACGAACAGUACUCUUUUCAUGCAUGGCAUACAAGAACUGUAGCAACGUUUUGCUGGUAUUUCCUGUAAGAAGAGGGUGAGUAGUGGGUAUUGCAUGUGUAUCAACAUUAUCACCGUGUGAUGUUAUUUGUAUUUUUAAGCUAACUUGUAAUCACAGUUUGAUGCAUAU